ACUCCCAUUCCGGACGUCGUCGGAUCGCGUCUUGACUCGCGCAUUACGCGCGGCCAUCUUUCCUCGGUGGCCGCCUCUUCUAUCCGGUACACGCGGUUCACGGGUACGUGCCUGGCACACGUUGUCGCGCGCAAACGGAAUUUCGACGUCUGCAAGCCGACGCGGGACCCUCGCUGGUGGUUUAUGGUUGUCCUGUAGCCGCGGCCGCGUGAGGAAAACAUGGCGCGUUACGGGCAGAGACCCGAGAACGCCCUGAAACGGGCGAACGAGUUUAUAGAAGUGGGCAAACCAGCUCGAGCAUUAGACACAUUGCAAGAAGUCUUCCGUAAUAAAAAAUGGACGUACAACUGGUCGGAAUCCGUCUUGGAACCUAUAAUGUUCAAGUAUCUGGAUCUUUGUGUGGAACUGAAGAAGUCGCACAUAGCGAAAGAGGGCUUGUUCCAAUACAGAAAUAUGUUUCAAUCUGUCAAUGUUGGGAGCUUGGAGAAUGUCAUACGUGGCUACUUGAAGAUGGCUGAGGAGAAGACUAAUGCGGCGCGCAAGCAGAGUCAACAGGCGGUGAUUGACAUUGACGAUCUCGAUAACCUCGCUACGCCCGAGAGCAUCUUGCUGUCGGCCGUCAGCGGGGAGGACGCGCAAGACAGGAGCGAUCGUACUAUUCUGACACCCUGGGUGAAGUUCUUGUGGGAGUCGUACUGCCAAUGCUUGGAGUUGCUCAGAACUAAUGCGCACGUAGAAACUCUUUACCAUGAUAUCGCACGUAUGGCCUUCCAGUUUUGCCUCGAGUAUAAUCGUAAGACUGAAUUCCGUAAGUUAUGCGAGAAGUUGCGGAAGCACCUUGAAGAGAUAUGUAAGCUGCCCCCGCUUGUGUCGAACGUUUCUAUGAAUAAGGCGGAAACGCAACAGUUGAAUCUGGAGACUAGAUUAAAUCAAUUGGACUCUGCGAUACAGAUGGAAUUGUGGCAGGAAGCCUUUAAAUCUUCGGAGGACGUUCACGGUAUGAUGAAUUUGUCGAAGAAGCUACCUGUACCGAAAACGAUGGCUAAUUACUAUCAGAAGCUGGCUAUGGUUUUCUGGAAGGCUGGCAAUUAUCUGUUUCACGCGGCCGCGCUGUUCAAACUUCUACAACUCUCCCGGGAAAUGAAGAAGAACAUGUCCUCAGAGGAACAACAACGAAUGGCAAAUCGUGUAUUAUUGGCAACGUUGUCGAUACCAUUGCCAUCUGCGCAUCCUGAGUUUGAUCGUUUCAUAGAGACCGACAAGAGCCCGUUGGAAAAAGCUCAGAAGCUCGCAACUCUUCUGGGCCUUUCGCAACCACCGACACGUGUCUCUCUGUUGAAGGACAUAGUUCGCUUGAAUGUCGUCAGCCUCGCGUCACCGCAGUUGCAAGAAUUAUAUUCGUGGCUGGAGGUGGAAUUCCAUCCGUUGGAACUCUGCAGCAGAGUCGAUUCCGUUAUUCAGACGUUACAGGCGGACGAAAACAGUCCGUUGAUCCAAUACGUCCCAGCUUUGCAGGAUGUUACACUCGUGCGUCUUGUUCAUCAAAUUUCUCAAGUUUAUCAGACUAUACAAUUCUCCAGGCUAUUGGAACUCGCCAAAUUCACUACUGACUUUCACCUCGAGCGUCUUUUGGUAGACUGCGUGCGUUAUAACGACAUGCAAAUCAGAAUAGACCACGGCAAGUCAUGUGUUCACUUCGGAGUGGAUCUUUCGGAGGCCCAACGAGAAGAUCAUCCGGAUGGUCCGGUGUUGCAGGCAAUGCCCUCCGAACAAAUACGCUGCCAACUGGUGAACAUGGCAACCGUGUUGCACCGUGCCAUUAAUGUGAUAAAUCCUAACAAGAAGAAGCUCGAGCGCGAGAAACUACGCAACGCGAUGGUCGGUCACUAUCACGAGACCAAGAUGAAGGAGCAUCAGAGAAUAUUGGGCAGACACAAAAUUAUCGAGGAGCGAAAGGAGUACAUCGAGCACAUCAAUACGGUCCGUGAGGAGGAGGAGAUGCGCCGACAGGAGGAGCUUCAGCGGCAACAGAUGAUGGCCGAACAGAAGCGAUUGGAGCAGGAGCGGGAGGAACGCGAGCGAAAGCGUCAGCAGAGCGAGAUUCAGCAGAUCAAGGAUCGCCAUCUCAAAGAAAAGAUGCAGCAGAUCUCGCAGACGAGUCACGGGCAAAAGGUGCUGAAGAAACUAGACGAGGACGAGAUCAAGAAGUUGGACGCAGAGCAGAUUGCAGCGCGGGAAGCUGAGGAACUGCAGAAAGAGCGCAGGGAGAUGCAGCAAAAGCUCAAGUCCCAGGAGAAGAAGGUCGAUUAUCUCGAGCGCGCUAAGCGGCUCGAGGAGAUUCCGCUGCUGGAGAAGGCCGUGGAGGACAGGAUGCAACAGGCGAAACAGCUCUGGCGGCAGCAGGAGGACGAGCGAAUCGCCGCAGCUAUCGAGGAGAGGCAGGAGGCUGUCGCGACUCAGGAGCGCUUAGCGCGUAUGAAAGAGGAUCACGACAUCUUCUUGGCUAAGAUUUUGGCCGAGCGCAGGAGCAUAUACAUGGAGAAACUAAAGGAAUUUGAGAAACUGUUGAACGAGGAACGUGUCAAGCGAUUGUUGAAACGCAAAAUGGAGCGUAAAGCCGAGCGUAAGGCAAAAUGGGAGAAGGAACGCGCGGAAGCCGCGGAACGAAGGCGACUGGAAGAAUUGCGUAUCAAGCAAGAAGAGGAGAAGAAGCGUCUUGAGGAGGAAAGAGCCAAGAGGGAGGAGGAAGAGAGAGUCAGACGGGCCGAAGAGGAAGCCAGAGAAGCCGAACGUUUAGCCAAGCUUAAGAAACAAGCCGAAAUUAUCAGAGCUAAGGAAGCUGAGAUCGAACGUAAAUUGGAGGAAGAACGACAGAGAGAUAAAGAACUGACUUCGACAUGGCGACGUGGGGAUAAAGAUUUUGAACGUGAUCGCGAUCGUGAUCGCGACCGUGAUCGUGAUCGUGACCGUGAUCGCGAUCGCGAUCGUGAACGCGAACGAGAUCGCGAUCGUGAACGCGAUGGUCCGAAACCUUCUUCGUUGGAAUCAUGGCGGCGUCCUGACAAAGAAUCCGAUGGACUCAAAAACGAAACGGAUCGCUGGAGAAAACGCGAUGACAAAAUCGAAGAUUCUUCAUGGAAGAGAAGGGAACCGGAGCGUCGCGAUACUCGCGAUACUCGCGAUACUCGCGAUACUCGCGAGACUCGCGAUAUGGAUAAAUGGAGAAGAAACGAAGAUUCGGAUCGAUGGAAAAAGGAUGCUGCGGACAAAUGGAGGAAAGAUGAAAACUUUGAUAAAGACGAUUUGAAAGAUCGAGAUAGGCUAGACAAUCGUGGUUUCGACAAAAGAGACGAUCGUGAUCGCGACCGCGAUCGGGAGCGUGACCGUGACCGUGGAAUGGAUGGACGCGGCGGAAUACGUGAGAUUUCACGUGACACAGUACGUGAUGAUCGUGAUCGAGAUCGCGGUAGAAUGUCCGAUCGCCGUGGUGGUUACCGCGAACGUCGUGAUGAACCAGCACGAAAUACCAAUCAGGACUGGCGGAAACGCGAUACGCCUCAAGAUUCCCCGAGAGACCCACCCAAGCGCGAACGAGAUGAACGUAAAGAUGACAGACUUCCGCCUAAAUCUGACGAGAGAAGGCGACCAUUAGAGGAUGAUGGCUGGUCGAAAGUUAGUCGGCGCUGACAUCAAAGCCUCAGUUAAAUAUGUAGCUUUAUAUAAAUUUAAUAUUCUCUCUAAAAUAUAUUACAUUAUGAAUAGACCUUUUAUCUAAUACGGAAGUCUGUCCAUUUUUAUCCUUUUGUGCGUGGCUUUAUUCUUCCAGACAAGAAAGUGGGAGGGGAAUAGCUUUAGUCAUAUAGAUGUAUAGCGAGAAUUUGAGAGACAAGAUAUUUUGAUUGCGAUAUGAUAGAUUACUGUGUAAAACAGAAGGAAUGGCAAAUCCAUUUGAAAUAUCCGAUCCAAUAUAGAGUCAAAUUAUUUCCAUCUUUCGUUAGGAUCUUUCAAAAUAUAUAUAUAUACACAGGUUCCCCAUUUUUUCUAUUUUGCACAGUCGAUGAUCGUUCUAUUAUCGUAAUCAAAAUAUCUUGUGUUUCAAAGGAUUAGAAAAGAUAUAGAAAUAUCAAUAAAAAAUUCUCUUAUAUCCUA